CUCUCUCUCUCUCUCCGCGUUAUUUCUUCUUCCUACUGCCAUACACCUAUAUCGAUCUGCGAUUCAUGACUCAGAAUCCGCGUCUCGCUCGCAAUUCCAAAUAAACCGAACAAAUUUCCACCCUUCAGUUUACCCCCAAACCCUAAUCCUCUCCUCACAUCGACUUGUACUUCCGUCCGCCCCUAUAGGUCACAGCACUCGACGCCCAUGACCACGACUCCGAACCAGUGACAGUAGAAUCUCACGGGGAGAAGAACGAGGAGGGGAAGAAGAAAGAGGCGGUAGAUAUAUACAUAUCGACCAUAUGGAAGAGAACGGGGAGGAGAAGCUGAUCGCGGCCGUCCGCCACAUCGCCAAGACGCUGGGACGGACCGAGACCAUGGCCGAGGACAUCCUCCAGGUCUUCUCCGCCUUCGAUGGCCGCUUCUCCCUCGACAAGCUAUCGUCCGAUCGCCCACACCCCCGCCGACGCAGCCCCGCUGACUCCCCUGCUGCUGGUACCGCUGUCGCGGGCGGCGGCGGAGCAACGGCUGGAGGACGGGAGGCGGACGACCCCCGGCCGCCCCUGGAGCGCACCAUCCGCACCCUCGACCGUCAGAUCUCCCGCUUCGUCGCCUCCGAUCGCCUCAUCUGGUCCGAUGCAGCCGACGCCGCCGCGUUCCUCGAGGCCGUUGACGACCUCCUCGCCACCAUGCGCGACCUCGAGUCCCCUUCCGGCACCGGUGACAAAUCCCUCUUCGACCGCACCGACGACCUCCUCCAGCGCUGCAUGCUCCGCCUCGAGGAGGAGUUCCGCGCCAUCCUCGACCGGCCCGACGGCUUUGCCGCCGCCGGUGGCAUCUCCACCCCUCCCUCCGAGGACUCCGACUCCGACGGCGCUGAUGAGGGCGAGGACCAUGUUCCCGUCGCCGCCCCCGUCAACGACUAUAACCUCGUGAUCGACGCUCUGCCCCCAGGCUCCAUCGCCGACCUCCACGCGAUCGCCCGCCGCAUGGUCGACGCCGGGUUCGGCCGCGAGUGCGCCGAGGCCUACGGCGUGUCCCGCCGCGGCUUUGUCGACGAGUCCAUCGCCCGGCUCGGUCUCCGCCCCCGCGCCGCAGACGAGGUCCAGGCCACUCCCUGGGCCGACCUCGAGGACGAGAUCGCCCGCUGGGUCAAGGCAGCCAAGAUGGCCUUUCUCAUCCUCGUCCCCAGCGAACGACGUCUCUGUGAUCGCGUCUUCGCCUCCCUGCCCCCCUUCGCCGACCUCGCCUUCGCCGCCGCCUGCCGCCCCGCGGCCGCUGGUCUUCUUUGCUUCGCUGAUGCUAUCGCGGCCGGUCCCCGCGAGCCCGAGCGCCUCUUCCGCCUCGUUGACAUGUACGAGGCUCUCCAUGACCUCCUCCCCGAGCUCGAUCAUCUCCUCUCGGAGCAGUACUCUGCCACCCUCCGCGCCGAGGUCGCGGCCUCGCACAGGGCCCUGGGGGCGGCGAUCCGGGGGAUAUUUAUCGAGCUCGAGAACCUGAUCCGUCGGGAUCCGGCGAAGGCCGCUGUCCCCGUUGGCGGUCUUCACCCGAUCACCCGCUAUGUGAUGAACUACCUCCGAGCGGCGUGCGCCUUUCGGCGGACCCUGGAAGAAGUCAUGGAGGAGGAUGCCACCGGGGUCACCAUACCGCCCGACCCCCACCACCCGUCCUCGUCCUCCUUGUCCCUCCAGGUCGCAUGGAUCAUGGAUGUCCUGCAGUCGAACCUCGAGGCCAAAUCCAAGGUUUACCCGGAGCCGCCUCUCAGCUUCAUUUUCCUGAUGAACAACGGCCGGUACAUGACCCAGAAGGCCAGGGACAGCGAGCUGGGCGCCCUGCUGGGGGAGGACUGGAUCCGGCGGCAGAUGGCGAUGGUGCGGCGGUGGGGCAACGACUACCAGCGAACGACGUGGACCAAAGUAGUGGCGGUGCUGCGGAUGGACGGCAUCGGCGGGGCCGCGGCGUCGUCGUCGGCCGCGGCCGGGAAGGCGAUGCGGGAGCGCCUGCGGAUGUUCAACACCUACGUGGAGGACAUCUGGAAGGUGCAGGUCGGGUGGUUGGUUGUGGACGAGCAGCUGCGUACAGAGCUGCGCCUGGCCAUCGGGGCGCUAGUGCUGCCGGUCUACCGCAACUUUGUCGCGCGGCUGCGCCAGGCCGGGGAGGUCGGCAGGCAGAUUGACCGCCAUCUGAAGUACAGCGUCGAGGAUGUGGAGACCAGAAUCAACGAGCUGUUCGAGGGGGCACGCAGGUGGUAGCUGUUAUCAGCAGCAGCAAGAGAGAGUGGCCGCUUUCAGUGAUGAAGGCUAAGUUGUUCCCAAGUAAUGAAACCUACUUGUGUUGCCCGUACGAAGGCGUUCCUUGUUGUUGUUAGACUCAGUAGCUCUUGGAUGUAUAUGUAUGCUGGGGGUUUGCUGCCCCAAUAGACCACAAUGCAAUCUUCUACGAUUUAAAUUGGUUGUUCUUUUCA